AACCCACAACACCAAACGGUCCCAUUAUCAUAGAAAGGUUCUCACCUCUGAUCUCGGCCUUGCACUUAUAUCGAGGAAUAAUGGAAGAGAAACUGGACGAGGAAAACCAUUUCAGGCCAAAAGGUUCUGAGCAAGGCAGUGACGAGUGAUGUGACGUGCAACCAGGGGGUGUAACCUUUCAGACCAAAGGCGUGGAAUGCACUCGUAUUUCCAGUAUACGAGCCUGAUUCAUUGAGUUUGUUUGGAUGGUUUAGACUCGAGACUAGAUCACUCAGUAGAAGUAAUCUUUGUGAACAUUUUUUUGGUCCAUUUUUACACUUGAUCAGAGAAAGGUCAAAAAGCAAGAUAACUUUGACUAUGUCUAAUGAAGGAACACCAGAUGACCAAAUUGGAGAAGCACUCUUAAAGAUAGUGGUUCGGGAUCAAAUGAUGGACGUUAUAAAAAAACCAAAGAUCUCUCUGCCAUCCAUCCUCGAGGUUCAACCUUUAAACAACGAGCAGGAUCAGAAGCUUGUGGAUCAGCUGGCUCAGUCAGUAAGAGUGAUCGGUGACUGGAUUGAUCAGGAUCGAAACCUUAAUUGCCAGAUCGAUGGUUUAGCACAUCUGGGUGAUAAGAAGAUUUUUCCAAAUCUUGUGGAGGGCAUCUUCAGCGAUGGUCAGAUCAAUUGGGGAAGAAUCGCUGUGCUGUUCUACACAGUAGGAAGGCUGGCUGUAAAGAUGGUGCUGGCUGACUCGCCCACAGUGUUGUCAGAAAUACUGGAUUCAUGUUUGCAUUUCUUCAGGACGAAGCUAUUGCCUUGGAUUCGCAACAUGGGCGGAUGGAUCAGCAGCAUUUCAGCGCUGACCCGGUUCUCCAUUGAGCAUAACUCUGCUUCCUCCUCCUGCGCCAUCCGGCUGCCUGCUCCACUCAUCAUGGCCUUCGUCUGUGGGGUUCUGCUGGGUAGCGUCAUUGCCUGGAAACUCAACAGAAGCAGCUGAGAGCAAGCGAGAGAGAGACAGAGAGACAGAGAGAGAGACACACACAGAGGCAGGCUGGAAAAGAACAAACAAGCUGUACUGUUACAAAUGAAGCUUUUAACAUGUUAAGUCAAGUCAAGUUUAUUUGUAUAGCGCUUUUAACAAUAGACAUUGUCACAAAGCAGCUUUAUAGAAUUUUAAUGACUUUAAACAUGAGCUAAUUUUAUCCCUAAUUCAUCCCCAAUGAGCAAGCCUGUGGCAAUGGUGGCGAGGAAAAACUCUCUCAGACGACAUGAGGAAGAAACCUCGAGAGGAACCAGACUCAAAAGGGAACCCAUCCUCAUUUGGGUGACAACAGAUAAUGUGAUUAUAACAUUUUUAACAGUUUUAAAGGGGAACUGAAGUCAUUUUUAAACUUGCGUUAUUUCUUAAUUAACGCGUUAUUCAAUUACGUUUUCGGUUUUAGUAACCUUAUAUCGUGACUUGUAUUGGCAACUAAUUGCAAUUAAAUAUUAUACUUAUCGGCCUGUUCGGUUUUUAGCCGUGUUGAAUUUAGUGCGUUUGGUCCACGGCAGGCGUCGCUUAUCCGCGCGAUCUUCAUGAGACUUGUGCGAGACUUCGAAACGUCAAGUGUCAACCAGGUGUCAGUGCCACCAUUUUGAAAACUGUUUUCCAAGCGAAAUAUUGCACAAAAACGAGUUUAAAUGACGAUUACUGCCUACUUUUUUUUUUCAAACUUUCCUGAUUGCUAUCAAAACAAACAAAACUUCCGGCUUGAUUACAUCAGCAUUCGAAAGAGGGCGCGCGCGUCUUUUGACAAUGUUGGCAGAUGUCGAUCACUUUGAUUUCCACUGUACAUUUUACUUCCGUCCUACGAUGUCUUGCACAGGUCUCAACGAAUCUCGUUUACGGCCAUUGCUUUGACAUAUGGACUGAUAUAUUACAGAGCAUAUUUCAAACACUCAGAACUCGCUAUAGCAGCGACAAAAUAGCGAUCAAAAAUGCAUUCUGAUAUUUAAUAAAAUGAGAUAAAUAGAAUUUUGAUAAUAAAUUUGCCAUCAGUUCUCCUUUAACGUGAAGUCUGUUUCGUUGAUGUUAUAACUCUUCAUUGAUGGAAACAAUGUUUACAAUGUUUAUAGAACAUGACACUCCCAUACCUUUUGCCGUUAUGUUAAAUGACAUGAAUGUGAUAUCCAAAUCAUUACAGAUCACUUUACACUUGCCUAUUUGCCAGACCAGACAUUUUUUACGGCUUCAUGUC